GAGACGCCGCCGGGCGCCAGGGUUCCCGAUGGUGAAGCGCGAUGGACCGACCGCUCGGUCGGAGGCGUUCGCUGCUCCGGAUGACGCGGACGAGGACAGCGUUCCCGUGCGGGAGGUCCCCAGACCCCACCUCCCGGGUCCGGGUCCGGGUCCGGGUCCGGCAGCGACUGCCGCCCUUCCCGACCUGGACAUCUCCCUCACUCCCAGCAAAGCCGACCCCUGCGCCGGGAUCCUGAAGAAACGGGAAGGCUGUGAGAGCGGGAAAGCCGCCGGUCACCGGCAGGUCCGUUUCGACGUUGGCCGCGGGUCUGAGGACGGCAACGGGGAGGAACCGAGCCCCGGGGUCAGGGGCCGGCGGGAGGAGAGAGGACCCCCAGCCCAGCAGCCUGUCGGCGGGACAUCUCACCAGCCCUCGCUGGCCAAAGCCUCCACCAGCCUCUCCAGCCACGGACAACCGCCUGGCGGGUCCCUGGGGGUCAAGGCAGGGUGCGGAGCGGGGAGCGAGGCCGAGGGGAGAGGCCCCCGGGGGGGAGAGGGGGAGGCCGGGGACUGCCCUCUGGCCGGACCUCAGUACAACACCACCCUCCUCCUGGGCCGCGAGUUACAGCAGGUCCUGGAGGCCAACUUCAACCCCAAGAAGGCCGUCCAACAGCAGCUCAGGAGGUCCUCGGUCACGCGGCAGUGCCUGGGCGAGAGGGUGGCCGAAGGCCUGAACGUGCCUGUGGACCGCCAGCGUUACUCGGGGCUGGUCAGCCUGACUGUGCCUGUGCAGGAGGUGCUCAGUCUGGCCGUGCAGGAGAGGCUCUCGCUGGCCAGACCCCGCGGGGACAACAACAACAACAAGGAGACCGGCACACAGGCCCCAGACCUGAUGAUGUUCCACAAUGUGACGGAGCUGGUGACGGAGACGCCUUACCUGGGGGUUCAGGGUCUGUCGGCCUUGACCAUCCAGUCUCAGGCCAGGCCGUCAGCCUCGGUCUUCACCCUGUAUCAGAAGCUGAAGCAGUGGGAGGCUUAGGGGCUGCGAGUCGCAGCGGCAGAUGUGAAUACUAUUUUUAUACCUCAUUAAAUGCUAAUAUUUAAUUUA